UUUUUCGCUGCCUGUUUCAAGAUCCUGCUGAACGAAGCAGUGCCAUACAGCUGUACGGCACAUCUCUCAUAUGCUUCCCUCGCGCCAAACAACUGAGCCCAGAUGCCUGGAGCUGCACUUCCGAGAUCCUCCUGCUACAUCUACGCGGUGAGACUACAUUUACUCUAGUCUUGUGGACUCAUCUUAACUUACAUUAUUUUGGUUGAUAUCCAUCUCCUUCCUAAAACUGCAGUAUAUGUCUAUCUGUCUGUCUAUAUCUGUCCUUCUGUCUAUCUGUCUAUAUCUGUCCUUCUGUCUAUGUCUAUCCGUCCAUCUAUAUCUGUCCUUCUGUCUAUGUCUAUCUGUCUUUAUAUCUGUCCUUCUGUCUAUGUCUGUCUCUUUAUAUCUGUCCUUCUAUCUAUGUCUAUCUGUCUGUCUAUAUUAGUCCUUCUGUCUAUGUUUAUCUGUCUAUAUCUUCCUUCUGUCCAUGUCUAUCUGUCUGUCUAUGUCUGUCCUUCUGUCUAUGUCUUUCUGUCUGUCUAUAUCUGUCCUUCUAUGUCUAAUUGUCUGUCUGUCUAUAAUUAAAUGUGAUGUUUAUAAAAUCUUUGUUAUCAAUAAAUAAAAACCUGUAGGUGCAUUACACUGAUAUAUAAAGACCGAGCAUUAUGUGAACAAGGUAGGAAAUCUCGACAAUAGUGCAAAGUAACAAUUUAAAAAGAAAUCCUAAGGAUUCGUCACUUUAACUAUGAUUUUAUUUUUAGUUCAAGCGAACCAUGAAAAAGCAAAAGUGGAGCAAAUAGAGGAUCUGUGUAUGAUGAACCCGCUUGAUAUUCAUGAGCCGGAGAACCGAGAGGAACUUGAUGUGGAAAAGCACCAAGACCCAGACACAAAUGAGCUGGCGAGAUGGAAUAUUCCUAGAGAACAUCAGAUCGCUGUCACUUAUAUCAAGACGUUUAUCGAUGAAACAACCAGCAUACCAGACAUUUGUGAAAUUGUUUCUGCAGAAAAACAUAAUUUCAGGGAUAGUAAUUUACAAGAACAGAUAAUAUAUACAAGAAAGAAGACGGAUGGUUCUAAAUAUUGGAAAUGUUUUGCUGAGGACCACCAGCCAGUCAACCAUGAGUUAGAUACUACCAGCAAUAAGAUAUUUGCUUGUUAUGAAUGCGGAAAAUUAUUUACAUAUAGGGCAAAUCUUUUACAACAUCUGAGGAUCCACACAGGAGAAAAAACAUUUUCAUGUUCGGUUUGCGGGAAAUCUUUUACAAAGAAAUCUGAUCUUCUUCGCCACGAGAAAAAUCACUCCGGAGAGAAGCCAUUUUCCUGUCCUGAGUGUGGCAAAUGUUUUAACAGAAAGUCGAACCUAAAUACUCAUCAGAAAAUUCAUACAGGUGAGAAACCGUUUUCAUGUCUGGAAUGUGGAAAAAGUUUUAACCAGAAGUCCAGUCUUAUGACACAUCAGAAAAUUCACACCGGAGAGAAACCCUAUACUUGUUUAGAAUGUGGCAAAUGUUUUACCCAGAAAUCAGACCUUCUCAGGCAUAAAAAUAUUCAUACAGGAAAGAAACCAUUUUUAUGUUCCGAAUGUGGGAAAUGUUUUAACCAGAAGUCGAACCUUAUUAAUCAUCAGAACUUUCACGCAGGAGAGAAACCAUUUUCUUGUCCAGAGUGCGGCAAACGGUUUACUCAGAAAUCAGAUCUUCAUAGGCAUCAGAAAAUCCAUACAGGAGAAAAGACAUUUUUAUGCUCUGAUUGCGGAAAAGGGUUUACUAGGAAAAAAAAUCUUGCUAACCAUCAAAAAAUUCACAUACAAAACCAUUAAUAUAUUCUGCAUGUACAAGUGUAAAUUUAUUAUGUUAUUUAUUCAACUAAAAGACAUGAAAUGUACUCAGAAACUUUGGACUUGUACAUUUUUUGUACCUUUUAUUAUGGGAUCAGAAUUCCUGUGCAAUGACCACCACAUGACAUUUUGUGGGAUUUUCCUCUAAAUGUUUGGUUAUUAUUGUAUUGCAGCUUGCACUGCUUAAUUAUGUCAUCAAUCAAAAUUUAUAUGAAAUUAAUAAUAACACUGAAGUCAUAAA